CGAACGUUCAGUUUCAGUUGAAAUUUCAAGCAUUUAGCACAUCCAAGCUAUAUAAAGGUGAAACAAACUUUUUGAGUGGAUUUUUUUUUUCAAAGGAAGUUGAAAGUUCGAAGAAAUGGUUGCAAAAGUCGAUAUUAUCAGUGAGGCCAGCCACAAACAUGCUGGCGAAGUUACAUCUUUGUGUUUUGACGGCCAACACUUGUAUUCCGGAUCGGCAGACGGUGUUAUUAAUGUGUGGGAUAACGAACUAAAAUUCAGCCGCGAAAUUGCGAUACAUAAAGAUUUCGCAUUGUUGGCAUUAGUGGUGAAUAGUCACAAACAAAUGUAUUCAAGUGGUCGUGAUGGUAGUUUGCGUUAUUUCCGUCGACCAUGGAGCCAUGACCACAACGACAUUCUGUUGCAAACUGUUAUGGAUGAUGUGACCUGUCUACAUGUUGCAAAUGAUAUUCUAUUUUCGGGUGACGAUAAAGGCAUUGUCACCAAGUGGUAUCACAAUCAAGUCGGUGCACAGUACAAUGUAAUGGAAGAGGUAAGAAGUAUGGCCGUUGAAGAAAAUACAUUGUACACAGUUGGCGAUAGAGACGUUGUUGUUACCGACAUUACACCACGGGAGUCACAAGUGACAAAAGGAACUGUUGAAGGCAAAUCACCAUUGCUUUUGAUUGGAACUGAAAAGCCUCCGGUCGUUGAAGGUCGUCGUCCAUCAAUGAUACCAGAAGUGAGCAAACUCAAGAAAUUCUUGGUUUGUGCCACUCGCGAUGGCAAAGGUAUUGUUGUUGCCAAAAACGAAACACCAUUCAAAAAAUUUCACACCAAAGAAGAUGCUCACUCGAUGAUUAUCAACGCAAUGUGCGAUGUGGAUGACUUUUUGUUCACAGCUGGAUGGGAUGGUAAGGUGAAAAAGUGGACGGGUUUGGAAUCGGGACUCACACUCGUUGAAGAAAUUGACACUGGAAAAUGCAUAAAUGCAAUGUGUGCUGGACCCGAUCACACUGUUUUUGUUGGUGAUUCAGAAGGAUUCGUCAAGCGUGUUCGUUUUACUGCAUAAGAAAAUAGAGGCACGUAGCGCCAAGCAUAUUAAUAAGCAGAGUUCAUUUGGCAUACCUUCGAUGAAUCAGAAGACUCUGUUUUUAUCUGUCAUUCUCUUGUUAAAUCUAUUUAAAACCUAAAUCAGUCUAAGAAUAGAUGAGGAAGUGUGUUUAAGUGUGCAAAGUAUGAAUAAUAUUUUUGUUAUGUUUUUUUUAUGGCAUUCGCCACAUGUUUUUUUUUCUACUUCGCAUUAUCUCAAUUUUUAUUUAAGACUCUUUUAGCGAUGGUCAAAACUGUGACAAUAUUUUUUUUUGUCUUCGAUCAUUUUUAUUUUCCAUAAAUUUUUCGUUCUCAUUUUCUUUGCAAAAUUUAUGAUUGUAAGCCAGUUUUUUUCUCGGUUGCCAAAUUUAAGUUUAGAAAGCACUCAUUUCAUUUUUUAGGAUUGAGAUCAAGAGAUUAUAGAGCAAAUAUAUUAUAGUCGUUGUGAAGAGGAUUUUUUUUGUUCAGUAGUCAUUGACAAACAGUGUUGUUGUUGAUACUGUGUUUUUUUUUUCGACGAUAGAAUAUUAAUAUAUUGUCCAAGUAUUAUGUGUUAACAGAAAAGACCGAACGAAACGGAAAACAUUUACGCGAAAAUAAAAUGAUUUGAACAUAAAAUGUGUAACUUUAUUUUUA